CGAGAAUCCUACACAACUACGUCGCGCGCACCACGUGCUUUCCUCGCUGUCAACACCUUGGAAUCGUAAAGCCCAGGUCUCUGAGCAGUUGCCAUCGCAAUUAGUGACAACAACUACACCAAACAGAUAUGACGGAGGCAACACAGCAACCCACCAACGGCCAGUCCGACACCUGGUCACCGACAUCUUGGCAAGCAAAGCCCAUCAAGCAGGUGGUCAAGUACGAGGACCAAGCAGCCGCCGAUGCGGCGGUGAACCAACUCAGCAAACUUCCGCCAAUCGUCACACCAACAGAGAUCUGGAGGUUGAGAGAAAGCCUCCGCGAUGCCGCUCUGGGGAAAUCGUUCCUACUGCAGGGAGGCGACUGCGCCGAGCUCUUCUCCUACUGCGCGGAGGACCCGAUUGAUGCCAAGCUCAAACUCCUCUUGCAGAUGUCUCUUGUGCUGAUUUGGGGCUCGAACAAGCCCGUGAUCCGCAUUGGUAGAAUUGCUGGCCAGUACGCAAAGCCGAGAUCGAGUCCCACUGAGAUUGUGGACGGCAAGGAGAUGCCCAGCUUCCGCGGCGACAUCCUGAACGGCUACGAACCGGAGCACCGCAAGGUAGACCCGGAGAGGCUUGUCAGCGCGUACUUCCACUCGGCCACGACCAUGAACUACAUCCGUGCCCAGCUAGCAAGCGGCAUCGCCGACCUGCACAACCCCAUGGACUGGGGCCUCGGACACGUGGGCGACAAGGAGCUGCAGACCAAGUACACCGCCAUCGUCAACAGCAUCUCCGACUCGCUCCGCUUCAUGCGCACAAUCGGCGCCGACACCUCCGGACAGCUGCAGACCGUCGACCUGUACAGCAGCCACGAGGGCCUGGUCCUCGAGUACGAGCAGAGCCUGACGCGCCGCCUCAAGCACCCGGCCACCCACCCCGGCGCGCAGACCUCCCCCGACGGCAAGGGCUGGUACAACACGUCCGCGCACUUCCUCUGGAUCGGCGACCGCACGCGCCAGAUCGACGGCGGCCACGUCGAGUACUUCCGCGGCAUUGAGAACCCCAUCGGCAUCAAGGUCGGGCCGUCGAUGCAGAACGACGAGUUGAUUGAACUUCUGGAUAUUGUCAACCCGGACAAACACGUCGGCAAGAUCACGCUGAUUACCCGCUACGGCGCGGACAAGGUCGACGCCAUGCUCGGCGGCCACAUCGAGGCUGUCAAGCGCAGCGGGCACACGGUCGUGUGGCAGUGCGAUCCCAUGCACGGCAACACCCGCAGCACCACCUCGGGCAUCAAAACACGCUCCUUCAGCAACAUCUUCGCCGAGCUCUCCGCGGCGCUGCGCAUCCACAAGGCCCUCGGCUCGCGCCUGGGCGGCAUGCAUCUCGAGCUCACGGGCGACGCGGUCACGGAGUGCACGGGCGGCAGCCAGGGCCUAGACGAUGGCGAUCUGAGUCUGAACUACACGACGUUUUGCGAUCCCAGGCUGAAUGAGAAGCAGGCGCUGGAGCUGGCGUUCUUGGUUGCGGGGCAUUAUCGGGAGGAUGGCGGGUUGUAGUGGAGAG